AUUGGCAUAGGGGCCCGAGUUAUUUCGGAUGUACUUUCUUUUAUUACGCGUGUCAGACAAACAAGUUCAAUCAACCAGUGAAUUUUUUGCACAGGUUACAGCCAUGGCAGGGAAUGACGAAGGAACACCCAAUCUGGCUCAGUCUCAGCCGACCGCUGCGGGAUCUACGACUACGAGCGACCCCAACCCCCCAGCUUCCGGGGCCAGUGCGGCUGGACAAGCCGUUGAGAAAACAGAGGCUCAGCUGAAAAAAGAAGCGAAAAAGGAGGCACAAAGACAGGCAAAGCUGGAGAAGUUCAAACAAAAACAAGAAAAGCAAGCUCAACAGGAAAAUAAGGGUGGAGAGGGCAAGAAGGAUAAGAAGAAGAAAGAAAAAGUUGCAAUAACUUAUGACAAAAAUAUUCCACCGGGAGAGAAAAAAGAUGUGAGUGGUGCCCUGCCUGAUUCCUACAGCCCUGCCUAUGUAGAAGCUGCUUGGUAUUCAUGGUGGGAAAAACAGGGCUUCUUCAAGCCAGAAUAUGGAGGUAGAGAUUUGACAAAUCUGAAGAAGGAGGAUCUUUUCAUGAUCUGUAUUCCUCCUCCCAAUGUGACCGGGUCUCUGCAUCUCGGCCACGCCUUGACGAAUGCCGUUGAAGAUGCCCUCACAAGAUGGAACCGCAUGAAGGGCAAGGUGUGUUUGUGGAAUCCUGGAUGCGAUCAUGCAGGCAUUGCUACUCAGGUGGUAGUGGAGAAGAAGCUGUGGAGGGAGAAGAAGAUCACCAGACACGAUCUCGGCCGAGAAAACUUUGUAGAGGAGGUCUGGAAGUGGAAACAUGAGAAAGGAGGAAGGAUCUAUGAUCAGCUGAGAACCCUUGGCUCAUCAAUGGACUGGGACAGGGCCUGCUUCACCAUGGACCCCAAACUCUACAACGCUGUCCAGGAAGCGUUCAUACGGAUGCAUCAGAACGGCACCAUCUACCGGAGCAACCGUCUCAUCAACUGGUCCUGUACCCUCAAGUCUGCCAUCUCUGACAUCGAAGUAGAGAAGAAGGAAUUGACUGGGAGGACUUACCUAUCUGUGCCUGGCUACGAAGAGAAAGUUGAAUUCGGUGUCCUAGUAGAAUUUGCCUACAAGGUUCAAGAUUCUGAGGAGGAGCUGGUUGUUGCGACGACUCGUAUUGAGACGAUGUUGGGUGAUACCGCCGUCUCCGUCCAUCCGGAUGAUGACCGUUACAAGCAUCUACACGGGAAGCGGGUCAUUCACCCAUUCAGGAACUGCACCUUGCCCAUCCUAUGCGAUGACUUUGUUGAAAUGGGCUUCGGAACAGGUGCUGUGAAGAUCACACCAGCCCACGAUCACACUGAUUACCAGGUUGGCAAGCGUCACAAUCUAGAAUUCCUCAACGUCAUUGAUGACGAUGGUAACAUCACAGAAGUAGGCGGACGGUUCAAGGGAAUGAAGAGGUUUAACGCCAGACGAGCUGUCUUAGAAGCACUGAAGGAGAAAGAUCUCUACAGAGGCACAAAGCCAAACCCUAUGGUGGUCCCAACAUGCAGCCGUUCUAAAGACAUUGUAGAACCGUUACUGAAGUCUCAGUGGUUUGUGGACUGUCGGGAAAUGGCCAGGCGAGCCGUAGAAGUAGUAGAGAACGACACACUGAAGAUCGUCCCUGAGAUACACAAGAAGACUUGGUAUUCUUGGCUCAAUAACAUCAGAGACUGGUGUAUCUCAAGACAGCUGUGGUGGGGACAUCGUAUCCCAGCAUACUUUGUGACAAUCAACGACCCCGGUGUUCCUGCCGGAGAUGAAACUGAUAACAACUAUUGGAUCUCUGCCCUGACUGAAGAGGAGGCCAGGCGGAAAGCUGCAGAACGCUUCAAGGUCACAGAGGAAAAGAUAACCCUCAAACAAGAUGAAGAUGUUUUAGAUACCUGGUUCUCCUCGGGAAUAUUCCCAUUCUCCAUCUUUGGAUGGCCCAAUCAGACAGCCGAUCUGAAGUCCUUCUACCCCGGCACGCUCCUUGAGACUGGCCACGACAUCUUAUUUUUCUGGGUGGCCAGGAUGGUGAUGAUGAGUCUGACCCUGAACGACGUCCUCCCGUUCACGGAGGUCUACCUGCAUGCCAUGGUGCGGGAUGCGCAUGGAAGGAAGAUGAGCAAGUCCCUCGGCAAUGUGAUCGAUCCUGUUGAUGUCAUCAAAGGGAUUACCCUUGAGGAGCUACACAGGAUCCUGGAGCAGGGUAACCUGGAUCCCAGGGAGGUGGAGAAGGCCAAGAAGGGUCAGAAGGAGGACUAUCCUAACGGGAUCCCGGAGUGUGGUACAGAUGCCCUCAGGUUUGCCCUCUGCGCCUACACCUCACAAGGGCGCGACAUCAAUCUUGACGUCCUACGUGUACAAGGCUACCGUUUCUUCUGCAACAAGAUGUGGAAUGCUACAAAGUUUGCCAUGAAGACGCUCGGAGAUAACUUUGUUCCAAGCCCUACCUUUGAGUUGAGUGGCAGUGAGACACCUACAGAUAUGUGGAUCUUGAGUCGGUUAUCAUCAGCUAUUAAGGUCUGUGAGGAUGGCUGGCCGGUAUAUGACUUCCCUGCCAUCACUACAGCAAUCUAUGCCUUCUGGCUCUAUGAUCUAUGCGACGUGUACUUGGAAUAUACCAAGCCCCUGCUCCUGACCCCUGAUGCGCCCCACCUGGGCGUGGUACGCCAGAUCCUCUACACGUGUUUAGACGCCGGUCUUCGUCUCAUCAGCCCCUUCAUGCCUUUCAUCUCAGAGGAACUCUUCCAGAGGCUACCAAGGAGGACCUCGAGUGAACCCCCGAGCAUCUGUGUUACCCCUUACCCUCUUGCCGUAGAUUACCCCUGGUCCAAUCAGUCUCUUGAGAAGGAUGUAGAGUUUGUUCAGAGUAUAAUCAACAAAGCUAGAUCGAUGAGGUCAGACUAUCAACUCUCCAAGCAAAAGGCUGAAUUAUACUUGAAGUGCUCUGACCAAGACAUUGCCACACUGCUAACGCCAUACACAGACACCAUACAAACACUGACCACGUCCUCAAAGGUCACUCUCCUGGUCAAUGAUGCACUUCCGGCUGGUUGCGCCAUGGCAACCGUCUCCGACAAGUGUGAGGUUCACUUGCUACUCAAGGGUUUGGUAGAUCCCAGCAAAGAGCUUGCCAAGCUGAAGCAACGCCAGACCAACCUGACCAGUCAGAAGGACCGUCUACAGAAGGCAAUGGAUGUCGAUGGCUAUCAGACCAAGGUCCCACAGAAGGUCCAAGAGUCCAAUUCAGAAAAGCUAUCCCAGACUGUGAAUGAGAUCGAGACUAUAACAGAAGCUAUUCGGAUGUUUGAAUCUCUAUCAACUUCAUAACCCAUGACUUGCUGUCGAUAUUAUAUCUGAUGCAAUUUAGUUUAACUUUAAGAUGUUCUUGUAUUCCAGGUCAAUCUCUAUUUUUAUUUUAUUCAAUGUGAAUAUCAUAAUGACAGACUGAGAGAAAGACAGACAGACUGACAACAUACUUGUACAUUGAGGAAAAUAAAACACAACAAGCACUUCUGGAAAUUCACCCAAAUAUACUUAUAUUGCCACUCUAACAGUUUUCUAAAAGCUGUUUUGUGAGCACUUUAGUGGUGUAAUACUUACGACUUAUAAUGCAAAUUUUCCCAUUUGUGACUUGUGUUGAGACAGUACGCUUGAAAAUGUUUCAGCAGUUGUCGAUACAAAGAUACUGCAUGUCAUGAUUAUAACUUUAUCUUAUAAGCAAGCUCCGUGCUAUUUUUCUGUUAUAAGCUACCAAAAUCCUGCAGUUUGAUUGGUAGAUAGGGAAUUUACCAAAUAAUCCCAGCAUUUAGAAUUGAUAACAAUUUUUUUUAUCAAACUGGGUCCAAUCUGUGUUGUUAGAAUGUCUGCUUUAAAUUGGCUGGAAGCAGUCCUGUUGUACACUGGUUUUCCUGUUUAGAAUAAAAUUGGGGCAAGAAGCAGGCUGAAAAUCAUGUGUUUAAUUAUUAAGAGGUAUAAUAUAUGUUGUGUACUCUGUACGAUUCUUAGGAAGAGAGUCUAGUGAAAUUGUUCAUUUUAAAUUAAUGUACAGGUUGCAAAUUUAAAAUAUAGAUAUUACUCAUCAUCUUAUGUAUCUAAGUGUGUUUUUGAAUUCUGCCCUUAUCUUUCUAGAAGGAUUAACUACUUAUAAUGUAUGCCAAAUGUGGCAGGAUACGACAAUUUGAUUUUGUUAAUAUUGUUUUUAUUUCUUCAAUUUGUGUCUGUUUCAUACCAUGGAAACCUUGAAUUUGAUCAACUUUUAAGCACUGUUACCAUGGUAGUUAGCCAUUUUCCGUAACAAUAUAAAGGUUCCGUAAUCACAAGUCCUCAGUCAUCUUAUGUUUACCAUUGACUUGUGUAUGAAGUCCAUCCAGAGGUUGAACAUGUAUAUACAUAAAACAAAGUGUUUGGAUAGGGAAUAUACCAGAAGUGCAAUUCUGUGCAUUAAGUCCGAUGUCAUGUGACCAUGUACAGAAGAAUUUUAUGGCAGGACCAAUGAGUUACUGGUGUUUUAGGGAUCGGUAAUUUGCCAUUAUCCAAUGUUUAUUGAAGAAUUGAUGAGAUAAUGACAAGACAGUGGCACACUCGAUGCGUUAAAUAUGGCAUGCCGCUACAUGUAGGAAUCUAGGUACAACCUUAAUCACCCGGUUUAAUCAAUUCUAUGUGAAACUCUCCCCUCAAUGCAUACUUGUACGAGGCAAGCAUGCAAGAUCAAAUUGUCUGCUUGACAAUCAUUUCAUUCCAGUGUUUUUGAAUUUCUAGGUGGAUGGGAAUAUUUUUCGUUGGUGGCGGUUUGAUCGAUAAAAAUAUUUAUAUAUCUGUUGUGCUGCCUUUAUCAAUGCAUGUACUUGUUUAUACAUCAUCAUAGUACAAUGGGUUAGAGGGAGCAUACUCAUGUGUUGCAAUAUUUUAAAAUGGCACAAAUUGUUGCAAUCAUUCAUGAAGUAGUUUUAAGAAAUACGUGUGACUUAUAUAUUUGCCCUUGAAAAAGAGGAAGUAGACAUCCAUUCUCAUAUUUGCUUGUAUAGAAGGUAAGGAGAAAAACGAAGGAAAAACAGACAAAUCACCACUGGAAAUGUUUAAAGACAGUGUCAAUAUGAAGGAAUACAAAUAUAUUCUAAAGAUUUCCACUAUAACGACUUUAACGAUCUAUAAUUUACUUUAUAUCAACACUUUGUUGCAUUAUUUUUCUAAUUCUAUUGAAACCAACCCUAUUAGAAUGGACUUCCAUAUCUCCUUCAUCACUCUUGAUAUAAAGUACAUCCUAGACCCCAUCUUACAAAUAGAUAGGAUCCGGUUAACUCAAACUAUGGAAAGCCACCAAGGUCAACAUCUGAAAUGCAUGCGUGUUCAAAAUAUUUUCGAGAUAUAACGUAAAAUCAAUCAUGCUUUCACAGUUUUCUUGGAAAUUCAGGAUAAUUUUCUUGGUUUACGAAGGACAUCAUGCACAUUUACAAGAAAAAAUUAUGACAUUGAUGGAUUUCCAUAUACCGUACUUUUGGGUUGAUUGGAUCAAUUGUAACUCUGUGUAAGACGGGCCCAGCUAUUUUUAAUGUGGAGGAUAUAACUUGAAUUUUGACCAUUCAGACCUCUCAAUUUAUUAUGAUUUUUUUUAAUGUUUUUCUUCGUAAUUUCCUACACACCUCUAUGGGAAAUAUGGGUGUUUCCCUAUUUUUUAGCAACUUCUUCCCCGUUAUUGUUUCUUAAGGAGAAAAUACCCGCAUGUAGCAACAACUUGCUUGUUAACAAGUGUAGAUGUGAUGAUAAUAAUUGUUGCCCUUGCUAAUUACUCCUCCAAUUAAACUCUAUUAAGAACCAUACCCCCAAAAGAUGCAAGAUUCACAAUCUGGAAGGGCCAAAAUUAUGCACAGAUUAUCAAUUUUGGGGGUCAUAGCUCCCAUUACUUAUUCAUCAGGAAUUUCCAGAAAGAAGGUAUAAUUUUUGUUGGUGGAAUCUGCAACAAUUUGGAUGCAUUUGUCGCUUGCAAUUUUCCAGCAAUUAUGAACAGUGUAGUUUCAAAGGUUUUAGAAUUACUUCAGUAAUGACCCAGUGAAAGAAUUGUUAGUUUUAUCAUGUUAAGAAUCAUGUUUAUUUUUUUUACUCCAAAAUGUAUCUUGUCCUGAGAGAGUAUGUAAUUCAGCUUUGUUUUGUUAAAGAGAAAUAAAUCUUUUUUAAAGAAUGUGUUGAACUUCAAACAGGAUACACAUAGGUGUACUAGGUAUAUACAACACCCCAAAACCUGAAUAUGCCUUCUUUUAUUUCAGUUCAAAAUAAUUUGGAACAUCAAGCUCACCCCACCAAUAAGUUGACCUGAACAAUAAAAAGAAAAAUGCCUAAUUACCAAACACUGAUAACUUCAAUAAAAAGGUUGUGUUUCAGUAAAUGAAAUAAAUUAUAAUUUUGAUUUCUGUAUAACUUGUUGUUAGGGUGACCAUAUCCUUUAAAUAUUACAAGGGUUAAUUAUUUUGAGCUCAUUUCUGCAUGUUGCAGAGAUAGGAUUCAAACUUAGUUGUACAUUAUUAUACUAUGGGUAUAAUUUUACGUGCUUCAAUCUUUUGUCAUUUUGCCUCAAUAUUAAAUGAUUUCAUAUCUAUUUGAAAUGUAUUGUCUUAUGGUAAAUACAUUAAAUAUGCUGAUAUCAA